AUGGGUAAGAUCAUCUUCUAUGAGGACAGGAACUUCCAGGGUCGCUCCUAUGAGUGCAGCAGUGAAUGCUCUGACCUGCAUUCCCACUUCAGCCGCUGCAACUCCAUUAGAGUGGACAGUGGGGACUGGAUGGUCUAUGAGAGACCCAAUUACAUGGGCUACCAGUACUUCCUGAGGAAGGGCGACUAUACAGACUACCAGCGCUGGAUGGGAUUUAAUGACUGUGUGCGAUCUUGCCAAAUGAUUUCUACAGUAAGGCUCAGCUCUCACAGACUAAUGAUCUACGAGCGCCCAGAGUUCGGAGGCCAGAUGAUGGAGCUGUCUGAUGACUGCCCGUCUGUCUACGAACGCUUCCAUUUCAACGACAUCUACUCCUGCAAUGUGAGGGACGGUUCCUGGAUCUUCUACGAGCAUCCCAAUUACACGGGACGCCAGUACCUGUUGCGCCCCGGUGAAUACAGGAGGUUCAAUGAGUGGGGAAGCAUGAAUCCUAGGGUUGGAUCCAUCAGACGCAUCACUAUGUGA